GUUACCAGUGCGAGAAGAAAGGAGCAUAUCAAGCGAUAGGAGGACUGUGUAUUGUUUAUACUUUGAGGAGAGCUAUAAAACGCCAUUAAAAUGUCGGGAUUUGAUGAUAACCCAUUUGCAGAUUCGUCCAAUGUCAACCCUUUCCAAGAUCCCUCAGUUACACAAGUGACCAACUCUGGUGUAGACCACAUUGAGCAAUUUAACCCUUUCCCAGACCAUCAGACGGCUGGCCUAUCAGGGCCCACCAUUCCGGCCUCCAAGAACCCUUCCCAGCCUGCCGUGCUCCAGCCAUCCACAGAUCCCAGCCCAAAGGCCACGGCAGCUGCAGCCCAGACCAGCCUGCUGAGGCAGCAGGAGGAGCUGGAGAGGAAGGCUGCAGACCUGGAUCGCAGAGAGCAGGAACUUCAGAGCAGGGGUGCCUCCACAGGCAAAGAAAACAACUGGCCACCUCUUCCCAAGGUCUUUCCCAUUAAGCCUUGCUUCUACCAGGACUUCUCAGAGGAGAUUCCCCUGGAGUACCAGAGGGUCUGCAAGAUGAUUUACUAUCUGUGGAUGUUCCAUUGUGUGACACUGUUCCUCAACCUGCUGGCAUGUUUGGCCUACUUCACCGCGGAUGCCACGUACGGCGUGGACUUUGGCCUGUCCAUCCUCUGGUUCAUCCUGUUCGCCCCCUGCUCCUUCCUCUGCUGGUACAGACCUGUCUACAAGGCCUUCAAGUCGGACAGCUCCUUCAGUUUCUUCUUCUUCUUCUUUGCGUUCUUCUGCCAAGUGGUGUUAUUCGUCAUCCAGUCUGUGGGCAUCCCCAAGUGGGGAAACAGUGGUUGGAUCGCCUCGUUCACCAUCAUCGGCACCAACAAGGCAGUGGGAGCCAUCAUGAUCGUGGUGGCCUGCUUCUUCACCACCUGCGCUGUGCUGUCAAUCAUCCUACUGAAGAUGGUGCACAGCAAGUACCGUCGUACCGGGGCCAGCUUCCAGAAGGCCCAGCAGGAGUUCUCCCAGGGUGUGCUCACCAACAAGUCCUUCCAGACGGCCGCCACCUCCGCAGCCUCCUCCGCCGCCUCCGGAGCCUUUCAGGGGAACAACUAGACCCAGGCCGGGCUAACUUAACCCCCAGAUACAUCCCCUCUUCCAUCCAUCCAACCCCCACCACCACUGCACCACCUUUCUGGGAUGGGGAUGGAUCCCCCACACCCUGCUGUCAUCAAUCCCUUAUAGGUCCCACCAUGGAGCCUCAGUCGAAGAAACCACCAUUGACUUAACCACCAGUCUGUCUGCUGGGGCUUCUGUAAGGCCUGAUCUGGUAUCUGUUUUUUAAUAUAUGAGCUGUGGUCACCUGACAGCAAAAAAAGGGCACUUGAGUAGGAAACUGUCCCCACUCCCCACUGUGCUUUUUCAGAAUGGAAAGCAUGAAGUCGAAUGGUUGCGAAUCUUGCGAUGUUAUUCAGUAUAUGUGCACUUUCUUUGCAAUGCCCUUUGUUCGUGUAUGUGUGGAUGUUCUCUUUUAGCUAUGCUCUCCGGCGUGGAUGUGUGUGAAAGUUUCCCCUGGUUGUGUCAUAAAGAAGAUGGCGUGUUUUGUUUGCCUUAUGCUUGUUGUCAAUUCAGUCUUUGUAUAUUCCUCUUGCAUGUCUGACUGUUGUAAAGUAACCACCUGUUGGGACUCCAACAAUGGUGGCUUUUCAGCAUCCUUUAAUUUCAAUUUGCCAAUGAAGAGAAUGAGUGUUGCUUUCAGUAGGGUGAUACCUGAAUGAAAAGAAUCAUGUAUAAAGUUUAGUUUAGCCUGUACUCAGUCUAGAAAGACUACGAUAAUCACCUAGGUUAGUAGUUACCCGGGCUACUGUAAUUAUUAAAUGCACAUUUGCCAUUAUA